AAAAGCACUAAGCACGUCUAUAAAAUGAGAUAUCAAUCACUUUCAAACAAAUUAUUAAAACCGGAUUGCAUGAUUUGGCAGUAUUUCAUGCUUGGUGCAUUUUGUUUAUUGUUUUUUAUUCUCGCGACAUAUAAGCUUACAAAUUUAUACAGUGAAGAGGAGAUUCAAUUGUAUAGUCCAUCGCCAAUCAUGAAAAUAUCGCUUGCUCAGUUUCUAGAAGCUAAAACAUUGUUACUCGAGAAUAUUUUAAGUGAUAUAGAAUUUUUGGAAGAUGAAAAGAAUAAGAAAAUAUUUUUCAUUGAGAGUCACAUGGAUGCGAUGAGAAUACUUGAUAAUCCAAGACAUGCAUGUUCUGUUGAGUCUGCUGCAAAAACCAAUCCAGAUACUCAAAUUUUCUUCAUCUUAACAACUAAAUCAAAUCAAAUGCUGCUUAAAUACUCAGAAAUAGCUAGAGCUCUCUUAUCAUACGACAACAUCCACAUCCGGUUCCUAAAUAUCUAUGAAUUUUCAAAAGGAACAGUUUUAGAAGAUCUAUUCGUACAUAAAAAGAUUUUAAAAUCAAAAUAUCCAAUUGAACAUAUGGCAGAUGUUCUGAGGAUUUUGAUUUUGAAUAGAUUUGGAGGAACAUACCUGGAUCUUGAUGUGCUGUCUCUAGUUCCAUUAAAAAAAAUUAAUCAAGAAAAUUUUGCAUGCCCAGAAUCUGACAAUGUGGUUACAAAUGCUGUUGUUAAUAUUGGUUAUAAAAACCAUGAAGUGAUGGAAGCUUAUUUACACAAACUUAGCAUUAGUUAUAGCCCAAAAGAAUGGGGUGCCAACGGACCAGAUAUGUUCACAGACUCAAUCAGACAAUUUUGCAAAGGAGUGAAUUUAGAAAAGCGCAACACAACAAUAUGUGGGAACUUUACGACAUUUCCAUCUGAAAAGUGUUAUCCAAUUGAAUUUGACGGAUAUUGGAUGUUCUACAGUGAGGAAAGUUACAAGAAUGUAACAGAAAUACUAUAUGCAACUCAGCCAUACUUUCUGCAUAUUUGGAAUAAGAUGUUGAAUUUUUCAAAACAAGAGUUUAGGCUUGUUUAUAGCGGACAUAGUACUUAUGUUGAACUAGGCAAAAAAUACUGUCCACAAGUCAUGAAAACAACUGAGAAAUAUUUUAGAUAAUAAAAUUUAUUAAUUAAACUAAAGA